AAAUUUUUCACUUGGUUGAUUUUUAAUAGGACAAUUGAGCGCACGCAUACUAGGAUUUUUAUUGAAUUGCUUUUGAUUCGAUUUUUUUAUUAUUAUGUAGAUAUCGCGAACUGGAAGUACUUGGUACUGGUACUGAGUAAGGACAAGGACGUAGGUGCGUUUGAUCGUUCGUGUGCAGCGUGCGGUGUGCCAUCGAGCUCGAGCCUCAGCCGGUUAUCUUUGAUGCCCCCUCGGCGGACAUGCGCAGAAUCCGGGAGCUAAAAAGUUGCAGGCGACGUCUCUAGCUGUGCCUGUAUCGUUUAGUGUCCGGUGGUGGUGAGGAUCUCGCGACUCUCGUAGAUCCGUCGAUUUGAUAAUGUCCGAGCUGCUCUGUCCGUGGACGGGCUCCACUCGCUGGAACGUCCCGAGGAGAGACUGCAGUUAAAGGACGACAAAUGUGAUCGUUUAGACUGCGCGUAGUAUUAUAGUGCCAUGACAAGGUAGUGCUGCCAGAUACCGAACUGUUUUGGGACUCUACUCCGGAUAACCUUCGAUCUCGUUAUGCGACAAGUCCAGCGGUGUACAUCUGAAUUCUCUCCUAUUUAAUCCGUUUUCCGAGUCGGAUCCUCUGCAGACGAGAUGACUAACGCCGCGAAGGCCCCGUUGGCGGUCCAGUUGAAAACUCUCGACGUACCUAAAUGCAUGGUCGAUGGAGAAAAAGUCAUAAAAUGGGACGAGGAUUCAGGUGUUGGGACUCCAGUUACACUGCGGGUCGACAAAAAUGGAUUUUAUCUCUAUUGGCUGGACCAGAACAAGGAAAUGGAUUUGCUUGAUAUUGCUACUAUUAGAGACUGUAGGACUGGAAAACAAGCUAAAAUACCAAAGGAUCCUAAGCUCAGACUUAACGUCACGAUGGGCUCUUCUCAGGACUUACUGGAGGAUAAGACUGUUACUUUAUGUCAUGGUUCGGAUUUUGUGAACUUAACAUUUAUUAAUUUCUGUUGCACAAAAAAGGAAACUGCACAAUUAUGGACGGAUGAAUUAUUAAAAUUGGCAUUUAACUUAUCUCAACUGAAUGGAUCUGUUAUGAAAUUUUUGCUCAAGGCGCAUACAAAAUUGCAGCUGAGUGUAGAUAAGUCAUCAAAAAUUCCUAUCAAAAAUAUAAUCAAAAUGUUCACACAAAAUAAAGAGGACAGGAAGAGAGUGAAAACUGCUCUCGAAUCGGCGGGAAUAUCGACGGCAAAGGAUGAGGUGAUAUCACCGGAAAAGUUUUCAUUUGAGGAGUUUUUCAAUUUCUACAAACACUUGACCCAGAGGACUGAAGCAGAGAAAAUAUUUGAAGAAUUGUGUGGGUCGAAGAAGAAGUUAAUGUCUGCAUCUCAGUUGGUAGAAUUUUUGAAUUUAACUCAGAGAGAUCCAAGGUUGAAUGAAAUAUUACAUCCGUAUGCGAAUGUAGCAAGGGCAAAAGACAUAAUCGCCCAAUAUGAAAUAAACAAAAACAAUGUCAAUAAGGGUCAAUUGAGUUUUGAAGGUUUUCUGAGGUACAUGAUGAGUGAAGACAAUCCUAUAGUUGCUCCUUCUAAAGUUGAACUUUGUGAUGAUAUGGAUCAACCUCUCGCACAUUAUUUUAUCAAUUCUUCGCAUAAUACCUAUUUGACUGGUCAUCAGUUAACGGGGAAGUCGUCGGUUGAAAUUUAUCGCCAGUGUCUUUUGGCUGGUUGUCGUUGUGUCGAACUAGAUUUUUGGAAUGGUGGGAGGACGGAAGAGCCUGUCAUUGUUCACGGAUAUACAUUUGUACCUGAAAUCCCAGCUAAAGACGUGAUCGAAGCAAUAGCGGAGUCUGCGUUCAAGACAUCCGAUUAUCCAGUCAUACUUUCUUUUGAGAACCACUGCAACCCGAGGCAACAAGCGAAAAUAGCGCAGUACUGCAGGGACAUUUUCGGUGAUAUGCUUUUAGAUUCACCUUUAGAUUCUCACAAGCUUGAGGCGGGAGUUCCACUUCCUCCGCCUUCUUUGCUGAAGCGUAAGAUAAUCAUUAAAAAUAAGAAAAAGCACCAUCACAACAAAGUAUUAGAAAGGGGGACAACCGGAGAAAUUGAAGUAGUUGCGACGGGAAAUGGCGAUGUCCCUCAUGCAGCUCCUGUCAGGCAGAGCAGUAAAGAAAGCGCAGAUGAAAAACCUGAAGAAAAAAACGAUGAAGCCACUGAUGAAAAUGUUCCAGCUGAGGAUGAUUUAGAAAGCUCAAGUGGGGAUGAGGAUGAAAAACCAUUGGAGAAAGAUGAUAAAGUGGCCUCUGCCAAGGAAACUGAAGCGGGAGCUGAAAUUUCUGCCCUUGUUAAUUACGUUCAACCUGUUCAUUUUGUUUCAUUUGAAAUAACAGAAAAAAAAAAUAGGUUUUAUGAAAUGAGUUCUUUUGAUGAAAAACAAGCUACAAUGCUUUUAAAAGAAAGCCCGAUAGAAUUUGUAAAAUACAACAAACAACAACUAAGCCGAGUUUAUCCGGCUGGGACAAGGUUCGAUUCUUCAAAUUUCAUGCCUCAAGUAUUUUGGAAUGCUGGUUGUCAACUGGUCGCUCUAAAUUAUCAAACUCUCGAUCUUGCAAUGCAAUUAAAUUUGGGUAUUUUUGAAUACAACCAAAGAUGUGGAUACCUCUUGAAACCUGAAUUUAUGAGACGUCAAGAUCGUAGGUUUGAUCCAUUUGCUGAAUCAACCGUUGACGGAAUUAUUGCCGGCACCGUCUCAAUCAAUGUCAUAUCCGGCCAGUUUUUAACGGAUAAAAGAUGCGGAACGUACGUAGAGGUCGAUAUGUACGGGCUUCCGGCUGACACGGUCAGGAAAAAGUUCAGGACCAAAAUUGUUCCAAAUAACGGGAUUAAUCCCGUGUACGAUGAGGAACCUUUUGUCUUCAAGAAGGUGGUGCUUCCAGAAUUGGCUUGCAUUAGAAUAACAGCUUAUGAGGAAGGAGGAAAAUUCAUUGGACACAGAGUUCUCCCUGUUAUAGGACUUUGUCCUGGUUAUCGCCAUGUAACGUUGAGAACAGAAUGUGGACAACCUUUACAACUCGCGACUCUCUUCCUCCAUGUCGUGGUCAAAGAUUACGUACCAGAAGGCUUCUCAGACUUUGCCGAAGCUCUUGCCAAUCCGAUUAAAUACCAGAGCGAGCUAGACAAGAGGGCCCAACAGCUUGCUGUACUCACAGACUUAGAAGAAUCUCAGGAUGUUUGGCCCAGUACAGAACAGGAGGAGGGGGGAAAUCAGAGUGAUGAAGGUGGCCCUCCACCGGCUCCGAGGCUCAAACGAAUAGGAUCAAUGUGCCCUGAAAUGUCAGGAGGAGCUACCGGGCACAAUCCUGCUCACCGAGCAUCCAUCGCGGUAGCACCACUCCCAACUACAAUGGAAGAGCCUCAACCUGUAACUUCGCCAGAAGUAAUACACGUCAGCCCACCAAGAGUCACCACCCAAACAACCACUAAUUUUCUUGAAGAUAUGAUCGCUGAUCCUGUAGAGUCUUUCUUGGAAAGCAAAUCUGUUAAAGAAAAACGACUCGAAUUAGAGAAAAAACUUGAAGCGUUGCGGAAAAAACAAGACAAGGAAAGGAUGCGCUUGGCUUCGGCGGAUUCAGAUAAGCCCAGGACUAAGUUUUAUAUGAGCAAUAAAUUGGUGAAACGGCUCUCUAGCAAAAACAUGUAUUAUUGUUUUAGGGAUACUAGCGGUACACCUGAAGGAGACGGUGAGGGUGGCGGUGACGGUGAAGUCGUGAAUCGAGGGAUACCACGAAGCCAUUCGGAAAGGAUGCUCGCAAUUUUCCGUGAUCACAUCACUCAAGAGCGAGAGCUUGUUGAAAAGUAUCACGAGCAGGUUUUUGCCAAUGCACAAAAAGUCAUGCAGGCAUCACAGUCACAACAGCUGAAAAUGCUCCACGUCCUCCUCGAACGAGAAACAAGUGAUGUCAUGCGAAGGCUGCAGAACUCGAGGAAGCAAGAAGUAAAAGCUCUGGCUAAGCAACACCGAGACAGAGAUGAACUCGUCAGGAUGAAGAGAGAAGUCGCUAGUGCCAUGGUAGAAAAAGGCGUACACGAAAGGGUAAGGCUGACACAGAUAUAUGAGAAAAAACGAGAAGAAUUGGAAAGGCAGCACAAUGAAGUUAAGAAUCAGCUAACUAACGAGAAGGCCAAAGCCAAAAAUGCUUUAAUUAAAGAACUUGAAAAGAAAAGUCAGCGAAUAGAGCAAGAAAUUGAAUUAGAACCACGAUCGAGCGAACGCUGAUGUGAGCUUUGUUAUUCCAAAGGAAUUUCCAUGCUAGUCAUUUCUCCAAAUGAGUAUCGAUUGUUUCAGCUGCUGAAGUUUAUUAAAGGGAAAUGCUCUAUUAACAUCCCAAAAAUAAAGGCAUUCGCAAAUUCUCUUAGGGGUUAAGUGUCUUUUAAGAGAAGAUAUUUAGGAAACAAGGUAGUCUACACUAGGGCUUUAGGCCUUAAAAAAAAUCUUCGUGUUUUGUCAAAUAGAUGCCCCACCUGUCGGUAGGUCUUUCCGUGCCUCAAUAAAAUACAGCAUUCUGUGAAAAUCGUACCCAAAAGACGAUAUAUUUUGAUUUCCCGUUGAGAAUAAGUUUUUUUUUCUCAUUGUCUACUUUCCUGUGGUAAAAUUUUGUUGUCGUAACUUAUUGAACUUAAAAAAAAAGUAUUUAUUUACGAGGGUUUUCUCGCUUGUGUAAAUAUGCUCUAUUGCCUUUGUCAAACUUUUUUUGUGAUAAAAAUUAUAAAAGCAAUGGAGUUUUAAAAUCUAAGGUUGUAAUUUUUUUAAAUAAAGUUCAAUAAGUUGUGUCAAUUUUUUUUAGAUUAUUUUAAUUUAAGUCGCAGGAUUAAAUAAUGUGAUCCCUUUAUUAAUCUUUUGUGAUAUAGGUCUUAUAUAAAAGUAUAUAUUAUAUGAAUCAUAAUUCUAAAAGAGAAUAUAUGUUAAUGAAUCUAGUCUGGUUACGAUCUUGGAUAGAGAAUAUUGUUGUUUUUGUAGUUUCUUAUUGUUAAUGAAAAGCUCUUGCUUUUUAAACAGGGUCGAUUCAUACUUUAAACCAUUGCAAGGUCUAUCGAUGUCAAUUUGAAUCUAUUGACCAAUUAUCCGUUUUGAUGAUUUCACAAUAUACUUGGAAGAUAUUUUCAUCGCGUUUCUUUUUAGUGUAACGCUUAGAGAUUAAUUUAUCCGACCAUCAGUGGUAAAAAGUCUGAAUCGGACUUAAAAAUGUUGUGUACAUUAAUGGCUGUUGCGAGUCAUGUGGUAGUAGUUAGUAAAUGAGAAAAAAGUUUUCUUUUAUGUGUAUUAUAAUAAAAUUAUAUAAUAAAAAAAAAUUAAAUAUAAUUUUAUCAGAAAACAAUGUGACAAUCAGUUUUCGUAGAUAUAUUGCACAGGCUGUGGAUAUAAAUGCGAUUGAUAAUGAAGUUUAAUAAUUCAUUUUCAACAUUUUACGUAAUGACAUAUUACUUUUAUGUUAAUGUUGUUGCAAGGAGGAGUGAAUCUCGUUUUAAACCGUAUUUGCCUGCAAAAAAAUGAUCUGACUUGCAAGUUGUAUCCCCAUUUUAGAAUUUUAAAUUUUGCAUUAAAUAAUUAUAAAUUAAUAUAUAAUAUAAGAGUCACUCAUUUUUCUGUAACAAUAUUUCAACUUAAUGUUAUUAAAGGUUAGUGAAUAAAAACAAGUGAUGUUUUAUUUAGUUUACCAUAGUUAAAUGGUUGUUGAUUAUUUAUAUAAAAUUGUUACUCAGGUUGUUAUAUGAUGACUAUCUUCCAUAGCCUUUAAGAUAAUUGUAAAAUCUAGAUUUAGAAUAAGAAUGACAUGGAAUGUAUAACACCAUCCAGGGUUUGGUUUUAGACUCGGCGCAUUAAAAGCAACUAAUGAAACUUAAAAAAAAAUCUCACUAAUUGUAAGUAAAGUAAAUCAUCUAGGAAAGGGGUUGGUCCAACAACUCAUCGGGUUUUGCAGUCGAGGGGUCAAACCGCUUUAUAAUACAUUUUAUCGUAGCUUUUAAGCCAGGAUUCAAACCCAGAAACGCUGGCAAAUUCAAAUCGGGCACCUUAGCUAUUCGGCCACUGCCUUAAUUUCUUUAACACCAAAAACACUUUUUGUUUUAAAUUAGCUAAACACAAUUUUUUUCUUUUUCCCCUGCUCUUUGUCACCAACCCCUGGGUGAACCGUUAAUUAACUGAUCAUCACAUAUGGUACAAAUUGAUUUAAGCCAAACUUAUAAAUAUUUGCAUGUUUCCUUGAUAUUUUCCAGUUGUUAUAAAGUUGGAUUAAUUGUUGAUUAUUUUUUACGAAAUGUGGUGUCCUUUAUAAAAAUCAAUGUUGAAACAGGCCGAAAAAAAAUCCAUCCUUUAUAAAUGACAUAAAAUAAACGCACUAAGAUUCGUUUUAUAUUUAAUAUGACGUAUUUAAAGACUAAACUAUGGUUGUGUUUUAUCCUAUAAUUUUGAUUCAAGUCAAAUCGCUUGUCGUGUGGGCGUUUUUCAAUUUUGACCAAGUCUUUAAUUUUAUUUUGAGGGUGAAGUUCAAUCAUUCCGCAAAUUAUUUAUUUGAAAACUCAACCCUGUUUCAAUCUUGUUUUUUAAAAAUUCUAUUUAUUGGUUUUUCCAAAAUGUUAAAAAAAAGGAUAAAUUUAAAGCAAAAGGAUAUGUAAAUUUUAAGAAAAGCACUGUAAAUAAUGUGUAUAUAACAACUUUUUGAUUAAUAAACCCUGAGGAUGUCGGUUUCAUAUUUUCAUAUUUAAAUUAGAA